CGUACAGGGUAACGACGUGCUGACGUUAGACGUGUGAACAACAAACAGUUGUUGGACUUCAACAAGCUAGCGAAUGGUAACGCUAGACAAAAACAGGUCCAACGUACUUCUCCCGGAUAGAGAGGCACCUACGGAACCUGUGCGAUCGGAACAUCUUCAUAAUCUCGCAAUAAUUGGCGCAUCAGUACCGGCAGGUGUAGCUUCGGCAUGGUUUCCUAACGCUAACGUUAGCCAGCUAAACCUGCUCAUUGCUCGGAGUGUGACGCCUGUUUUUUUUCUGGCUGCCGCUGGUCGAGGGUUGUGAUGCGAGCCGAGUUGCAGCACGACAGAGGGUGAGACAAGAGCUACAGCCGGAAAACAUUUGUCUUGAAACAGAAGAAUGGACUUUCUCGGCGAGAAACCGACGAGCUCACGUAUAGAAGCGGGUAUGCGACCGUACACGGGCCUGGAUGUCAUUGUUGGGCAACAACUUUAGCAAGCUAGCUAACAUUAGCUCGCUCAAAUCCAUGCAAAUGAAUUGGUUUGGUGUCGGGCAGUAAGCUCACUUUGCUAGCGUAAUGGAGGCACCCUGAGUGACUUGUACAUUUCAAUUGACUGUCCUGGUCCUCUCAAAUACUGCUGGCAAUGUGCUGACGACCAGGGAGCUUUUCGUCGGUUCCCACUUGGAGCAUUAGGACACGGUUGGCAGACAUUAUUAAGUGGCGGUGAUAGUUGAGCAAAGUUGCCUGGUUUGGCAUAUAAAUAAUUACUGAAACAGUAUCUAUUUGACAUACAUGUAGACAUCACAUAUUUCUUCUAUUGAUAUUGGUUUGAAAUUGUACUUUAUCACAUGUUUAAGGAUGCACCAAAGUAACCUGUGAUUUGUAAAAAAAAAAAAAAAAACUAUAAUUAAUAUAACCCCAAGUACAAGAAUCUAGUCAAACUAUAGGUAUAACUUUCUGAAUGCACUUGAACAUAAUUUAGCCAAUAAAGGAUAGGUGCACAUUUACAUAUAUUGUUGUGAGACAAAGGCCAGAGACAGGCUUAUCCAUGUCAGUUGGGUCCUAGUUACUGUUUAACCCAAUAUCUAGGCUGUCUGGCACAGUUAAAGACGUAAGUUUCACUGGAAAUGAAAACAUGAAUAUCGAAGAGCAGUGUCUAGAUUUGUGCAAUGUCAAGACAAAAAGCAAUGUGGACGAUGAUCACAACACUACCAACAACACAGAAGGGAUCACCCCCAGGAUCUCUGAACUGAUGACGGACAGUAACACAGAAAAACAAAACAUUGUUCCCACAGAGGCCUCCGAAACAUACCUGAUGCCUCAUCUCACUGACAACCUCCAGGCAGCUGAGGAGGACAACAACCAGGCACAAGACACACUGGAAAUUGAUGAGGUCAAUGGAAACAGAAAGAGCAGUGCUCAAGACACCCCUGCAGUAGUGAAUCCCACUGACUUGAUCUUUUCUAAUGAUGAGCAGCACAAGGAUGAUAUUGGGGUGGAGAACAUGAAGGACACUGAUCCUGCAACGUUUGUUGUGGAAGAAGGGGAUGAUGGUGGGGACAUGGACAUAGGUGUGGAUCUAAGUCUCGAUGAGAGUGGGGUGUUGGAGACUGAAUCAACAAAUGUCAGAUCAUUCUCAGACAAAACUUUCGACUCAGAGUCCACCACGUCUCAGGAUGUCCCAGCUGGCAGCACGGCAGAGAGCCCGCCAGAUGCAAGCCAGACGAGCAGCACAGUAGCUUCUGCCACAGACCAGGCUGGACUGUACCCUUCGGUGGAGGAGGUUAGCGAUAAACACAAACCAAGUGGCAAAAGGGUGACUUUUCCCUCAGAUGAGGAUAUAAUCUCUGGAGCUGUGGAGCCCAAGGACCCCUGGAGACAUGCUCAGAAUGUGACGGUGGAGGAGAUCCUCUCUUCCUACAAACAAGCUUGUCAGAAACUCAACUGUAAACCCAUACCCAAAGUGCUCAAACAGAUACAGGAACUAAAAGACCUGACUCAGCGAAAUGAUUGCUUAGAUCUAAAAGGUGAGAAGCUGGACUACAAAGCAUGUGAGUCUCUGGAAGAGAUUUUGAAGAGGGUCCAGUUUAAAGUGAUAGACCUGGAGCAGACCAACCUGGAUGAAGAUGGUGCAUCAGCUCUGUUUGACAUGAUCGAGUACUAUGAGUCGGCCACACAUCUCAACAUCUCCUUCAACAAGCACAUUGGCACACGGGGAUGGCAGGCCGCAGCUCACAUGAUGAGAAAGACGAGCUCUCUGCAGUACCUCGAUGCACGUAACACUCCCCUGCUGGACCACUCGGCUCCCUUCGUAGCACGAGCACUCAGGAUCAGUGGCAGCCUGGCGGUCCUCCACCUGGAGAACGCUGGUCUGUCUGGCAGACCGCUCAUGUUACUGGCUACGGCUCUGAAGAUGAAUAUGAACCUGCGGGAGUUGUACCUGGCAGACAACAAGCUCAAUGGCCUCCAGGACUCGGCCCAACUUGGAAACUUGCUCAAGUUCAACUACAACAUUCAGAUCCUGGACCUGCGCAACAACCACAUCCUAGACUCUGGUCUGGCCUACGUGUGCGAAGGACUAAAAGAGCAGAGGAAAGGUCUCGUCACUUUGGUGCUAUGGAACAACCAGCUCACACACAAUGGCAUGGGCUACCUCGCUGCUGCACUGCCAUGCACCCAGAGUCUGGAGACUCUGAACCUCGGCCAUAACUCUGUGGGUAACGAAGGGGUCCACAAGCUGAAAGACGGACUGAUUGGGAACCGCUCUGUGCUCAGACUGGGCCUCGCUUCCACCAAACUGUCCUGUGAAGGAGCUGUGGCUGUGGCUGAAUUCAUCGCUGAGAGCCCCAGACUGCUGCGUCUGGACCUCCGAGAGAAUGAGAUCAAGACAGGUGGACUGAUGGCCCUUUCACUCGCCUUAAAAGUCAACACCUCUCUGCUGCGUCUCGACCUUGACCGGGAGCCCAAGAAAGAAACUGUAAAGAGCUUCAUCGAGACCCAGCGUGCCCUGCUGGCUGAGAUCCAGAAUGGAUGCAAGAGGAACUUCAUCCUGGCUAAGGAGAAGGAGGAAACGGAGCAGAAGAUGAGGCAGUCAGCAUCCAUGGCUGAAAUCGCCACAGAGGAUGGGACCACAGAAGAAGAGGAGGAAGAACCAGCAGCAGAGGAGAGAGGGGACAAAGGGGGGAAAGAGGUAGAAGAAAAAGGUGAAACGCCAGGAACUGAAGGACAAACAAGCAGCCAGUCAGGAGACAGCAAUGAGACUAGCAUUCCUCAAAUGAUCCUGGAGUCGGACUCAGACACUGAGGAUGAGGAGGAUGAGGAGGUGGUAACAAAGUCCUCUUCCACGUCAAACUCCUCCCCUCGCUUAAACCAGACUGCUCCUCAAACCCAGACAGGGGUUGCACAGCCCUUCCUCAGUGCCUCAUGUACAUCCUCAACCCUGUCUGCCUCACCUACUGGCGGCCCGAGUGUCAUUUCCGGCAUCACCGUCACAGAAUCUUCAGUUCCUCGUGGCACCCCUCCGUCUCCUGGUCGCUGUAUAUCUGUCUCUAGUCCAGGGAGGGGUCACAAGAUCUUCAUGGUAACUCGGGUGGAGAGCCCCCCUGAGCAGCUACAACUCCAGAUGAGUGCACCUGCAGCUCCCAGCCAGGCCAAAGAGGCCUCAAAGAAGCCUGUAGACGGGAGCACACCCACGACACAGCCGACAUGGCCACCGGCCUCAUCUCAAACACCUACACAAACACAACUGACACAGGCGGACUUGAAGGAGAGCUCAGCUGCUCCGUCAACAGACUGUAAACUCAAAGAUCAGAGUCCUGUAGCACACUUAGAGUCCGCAGUAAAUACUACACUAGAGCCACAGUCUACAAGUCAACCCACAGAGGAUGCGACAGCUAGCACUUUAUACCCAGAAGUGACAGAUCCAAGUCAACAGGCACCAGUCCCGCCAUCAAACUCCUCAUCGGUGCAGGCUGAAGCAUUGCAGCUCACUAAGGAGGUAAUGGAGAGCAUUAUAAGCCCCCAAUCUGAGCCCACUUGUGUUGAGGAAAAGAAGGAAGGAGAGGAGGAGGAAGGUCUUACAGAAGAUGUGACUCAGGUGAGCAUAGAAGGAGAGCGUAAACGGUUCGAUGAACUGAGUCAAACCCAGACUAGUAUCCCUGCAGAACAAUCGCAGCAGCCGUUAACAAUUGCUCAUGAACAGCUACAGGAUGAGCUAUCAUCAACAUCAGAGGAGAGCCAGUUACCGAACCAAACAGAAGAAGAGGAGGCCCUUCCAAUAGAGGAGAAGCAGGAAGCGCCAGCCGAUUUGUCAGAAAAUGAAAAACCCAGUUUAACAGAGAAAGAGGACAGCCAGCCAACCCAAGAGGAACCAUGUCCAAAGCAGCAAACGGAGGCAGACGAACAGGCAGCACAGCCUGUUCUCUCCAUCCAGACUGAUCAACAAGAGCCAUCUGUCACUCAAGGUGGAGCUCAGGAGUUAAAUCCUCCAGCAGGAGAAGCCUCAAAGAGUCCCGAACCAGUCACGACUGAGUCUGUCAAAGACGAGGAUUCACCCGAUGAGAGCUCUGCAGACGAAGACGAGUGUUUUGCCGAGGCUCCGGAGGAGGAGAUAGUCGGUUCAGCUCUACCCAACGGCCUGAAGCCUGAGUUCUCCCUCCAUCUUCUGGACGCCGAAAGCCCCAAGCCCGGCAGCUGUGUGAUGGAGCACGUGAGUGUCAGCUGUGGACAAGACCUGGAGGAGCUGCUGCUAGAAGCCAGUUUGGAGACAGGGAGAGACGCACCAUGAGGUUUUGAGGUUUUCACAGGGACGGGGAGGACAGGAGAAAACGGCACUCGUCGAUAGUUUGUCUGGCUCUACUACACGACAAGUUACCCUACAAUGUUUUUGUCUUUUCUUUGACUUUACCAUCCACACAACAUUUCCAUAAAGGACAAAAGACCUGGUAUUACAGUCAAAGCUCUGAAAAUACAAGCAAAUUAGAGAAAGAAACAACAAAUACAAAAUCGACUUCUGGAGCUUUGCUGUGACAAAAAAAAAGAUACCCUCUACAUCCACACUACAUCAACCACAGAAACACAGUUACAUAUGCAUAUUAUGCGGAAGAAAAAAAAAAGAGAGAAAUAAAAUCACCCUGUUAUCACUACAUUUCGUCAAUCUGCAAUCUUUAUACACAAGCAGACGCCUGUGAGUGAGACAGAAGAGAGCUGGGAGAUUAAACACUAACCAAAGACAGAACACAGGCCUUUCUCACAGCCCUCAUGUUGCUCUCUUGUGUAGAUUUCCACUGUAGUUGGGGGAAUAACUAGCAAUUCUAUUUUAAUGUUUUUUUUUCAUAACACGUACACAAUGACAUAACAGUGAUAAUGAGAAAAGUGGGGUUGAUGGCACAUUCACAAGACGUAAUAGCGUUGACAGGCCCUACUGAGCGGACCUGCUGGCUUUAAACACUUGUUCUAGAGGUGGAUGUAGGUCACUAUCAAAGGCUUUUAUAUCCAAGGAAGCUGAAGAUGUUAACGUGUCUGUUUAAAUGUCAACGUUUUAUGUCUGUUCCCAACUCCUGACCAUUUCUCUCCCUUGCGGGAAAGAAGAACUUUUAAGGGACCUCUGCCAAAGUGACUUCCCUCUCUGUGUUUUCUCCUCCUCUGCUCACUUUGGCCCCUCAGGAAUCAGCGUCCCCCUCCGGUCAGUCUUCUCAGAUCUGAUGUGGAGGAGCUGCAACUGUCUCUCCGCCUGCCUCCACUGCAACAAAAACAAACAAAAAGCUUUUUGAAGUCGGUAAUUUAGCUCCCAGCUGAAAAAAAAACAGAACGUCUGCGAAUGUCAGAAAGCAAGAUGUCUGCUUUUGGUUGAGUUAUUUACAUCUUUUUUUUCCCCUUGAUUCUCUACAACUCUCAGACACUAUUAUUGCUUUGUUCGACCAGUCAUUGUUGUGUUAAACUCUUUCAAGAAAAGCAGCUCGGUCUCUGUCGACAUUUCCCACUCUCCUUCCUCCUGUCCCUCAGUCUUCCACUGAUACUUUCUGUCAUCUCCCCGCUCCAGCUCUUCAUUCAUGUUGCCUUCAAAACUCACCACUUCAGGUUCAGUCUCUGUUUUUUCUUUGGGCUGCUUUGAGAAAUCACUUAUUUUCUAUUUAUUUUAUAGCUAUAUGAGCCUUUUCUGAUUUCCCUUUUCCCCUUUUUUUUUUUUCUUCACCCCCAUCCUCAUUUUAUCUUUUUCUUUUCCAUUUUGGGGGUUGCUUUUAAAGAUGAACCCCAUUUUGUUGAUGUAUAUUUCAGAUUCAAACUAGAGCAAAUAUUUAGUUUUUUGUUUUGUUUUUUGGGGUGGGAGGGAAGGGUAAUCUGUGUUGGAAGAAAAGGUAAAUACGGUUGAAUGGUUGACUAUAGCAGUCGGGGUGCAGUAAUCAAAGCAAACACACGAAUGCAGCAAACAUUAGUUCUCAUCAAAGUCCUUGUUGUUUUAACGCUACUGUGCUGGGUGAGGCUGUGGCCACAAGGUGGCAGUGGUGGUUGUGUUUUCUCAGAGGAGAAGUGAAAGGAUACCACAGUCUGAACAACAUCGUAUACAACACACUGCAGGCGCUGAUGUCUCUGCUCAAAUCCAACUUCUGUCUUGAAUUUUCCAGAGCAAGGGAUUUAGGAAGAAACUUCACACGAAAUGUCAACUUCAUGUAUGUUCGUGAAGAGAGCUGCUUUGAUUAUUUCCUGAAGCAGAUACGGGCAGGUGUGUUGUUUGUUUGUUUUCUUCUUAAAAGGAGCGGCCUUCAAGCCUCCUGCUCCUCUCCACCCAACAGAUAGUUUGCCCCCACUGUUUGUUAUGCUUUAAUUUUUAGAAAUUUUUAAUAAUAAUUUGUUAACUUAAUUGAAAUGUGCUGGUAAUCACAAAGAUAUGUAUGGCGAAAUUUGUUCCUCUCAAAUAAAUGCAUGUAAUGACUAAAUGAUAUGACUGAAUGUUUCAAUGCCUGAACUCUGCAGAUGGAAAAAUGUGUUCAGAUCAAGUUGGUUGGGAUUUUUGGAUACAACUAGUGAAUUUUGAAACCUACAGAGAUGUUUUGCAGGAAAUCACUUCUAUAAAAAAGAAAAAAUAAUUAUUUAAUACAAUAUUAAAAAGUACAGUCCCUAUAAUUGUUUGUUUUUUUCACUUUCUGUUGAUCAGUACCAAAAAAAUAAAUAAAUAUAUUGCUGUGGUUAAGUCCAGGGAGGUUGGAAACCUCACUCUAAGUGACAAAGGGGCUGUCAGUGUAGAAUGACAAUCAUGUUUUGAUAUAGUUAGACAUUAGGCAAGUAGUUUGUGUGUUUGGCACUAAUGCACAACCCCUCGCACUGCAACCUCUGCAUAGAAAAGCAGAAAAAAAAAACAUGUUUCUGCAACUCAAAAUU